UGUUUCCUCUUUCUUUCAGUUUCAGGAAAUUGAAAGUGUUCUCUUCAAGUCAUAGAUCCUUAGAACAGGUGGAAAUAAAUGUAGGGAUCACACAGUACACCCUCCCGUACCCCCACUUUAGAUGAGGACACCGAGCCCGGAGCCUCCCCACCUGGCCUGUGGCGGCAGAGUCUGAUAUCCGGAGGGUGGGGAAGCGCCCUGCCUGCUUUCCUGCGCCAUGUGUGGGCUGCCCUGGAUGAGGGGAGCCAGGAGGUCCUGAGCUGGGGUGCCCCCAAUCCCCUCCCUUCGGUGCAGUGCUGGCAUGUGUGCUCAGGUGGCAUGCCUCUCCCUUGAGGAGAGUUGAGGGGAGCAGGUGUAGUUAAGAAUGUCCCCUGCCCUCCAUCCAGCAAGGGAGGCAAACCUGGGACAGAAAGACCAGGACUAAGUUCUGGGCUCGGCCUUGAUGUGUCCUUGUGAGAGGGUACCUGCCUACCCCAGGGAGGGCAGGAGGGGGCCUUCUGGUGAAGCAAGGGUUGGGGGAAGAGGGUGGGAGCCCAGCACUGAUCGCGGAGGCUCUGGAAGCCAGAGGUGGGGGCCUGGAGGCAACAGGUGGCCAGGGGCGUGAGGGGCUCAAGAGGGCCUUCGGGCAGGGGUUUCUUCUACCUGCCCUGGGGCCCUCAUUUGAGGGACCACGGCCCAGACAGAAGCAGCCAAGGCCUGAGCCAGGUAGUGCUGGAGGGCCAGAGCCUCUGCAGGGAGAUGGGCUGAGGCUAGCCGGGCAGGCUCAGCAGGUGGACAUGGAAGGAGAGGUGAGGCGUAGGGGGUGAUUUCUGCAUGAGUGGCAUGAUGGGUCGUCAUGCACUGGAGACACAGGAGGCGGGCAGGUAUGGGGACAGGGCGCAUCUCCGGGGCCUGUCAGACAUGUGGGCUAUGUAACCUUGGCUGGAUGUGGAGGUUGGGGCUGGUCGAACCCCUGGGCAGCCAUGGCAUGGACAGAGCCCCAGAGUGGAGCCUGGAGACGGGAGGACCACCCUGAGGGUUCCCGGGGGAGUGAGGGGCUGGGGUGUGGCCAGGGAGGUCCAGCAGUCAGCCUGCUGUCAGCCUAGCAGCCGCCUGAGUCACCUCCGGACAGAGCCAGGAUGACACAGCUUCCUCGAACUGCAAACGCAAGGUGACCAGACGUCCUCCAAGCCAGGCAGACAGUCAUGUCUUGGUGGAGGGCGGCCAGCCAGGGCCAGCCUGCGGACUGGGUGUGGGCCGGGCUGGUGGGGUACACCCCCACAUGGAGGGGAGAGGGGUGGGAGGUACGAUCCCUCCUGGUCCUGAGACCUAUCUUCAGUUGGGUGAGGCGUCAGCUUGGGGGGCAAGCUGGCUCUGUCACCCUGUGCUUGUGGGACACGGGCCCACUGUGCAGCCAGCUGGGAGGGGCGCCCAGCUUUGGAUCUCCCCCUGAGAAGGCCCACAGCCCCUCAGAACAGAGGUGGUCACAUCAUGGUGGCGUCUGGCUUUGGGGUUUGCACCCAUCAGGGUGAGUCAAGGUGCUUGUUUUCUGCGAGGAGCAGAGAUCUGCUCCAGGACAGAACCUUUUUCGUCCCUUCCCGUUUUCCUCCUGCCCUUCUCCCUCUCCCCGAGGAGACCCCCUUGGAGAGCUGGGAGAGCGGGCGUAGAACAGUUGCCUGGGAGGGCCGGAGGGGGCAGGCACGGGGAGCGGCAGUCACCUUCACUCCACACAGAACAAGAAUGAGAGUUUUUGAGAGCCCACCCUGCAGGGUAAGGGUCCAACCGAGGUAAGGGUCAGAGCCCUGUCAGACUCCAAAAGCCCCUUUUCUGUGACAUCCUCUAGACCUUGGGCUGUCUAGGUGGGGCUGUUGUGUCCAUCAGCCGCCUGGCUUUGCGGGUGGACCAGAUGUCCCCUCAGGGUCCCGAACCUGAAUCCAGCCCAGUGAGGUCCAGAGUGCACUGCAGAUGGCCUGGGCGCUGAGUCGCCCCAGAUGAGCUGAGUCAGACAGUGGGCUAGCAUUCGGUGUUUGCUAGGGGAUGCAGAAUCGGGGAUCCUGGCCUCUAGCUCACCUGGCCCUGGGAAAGCUCUUCUGGACUAUUGAACCUGGAUGACCUGGCCCGUUCUUUGCGCAGCCCAAAGGGAGGACUCCCUAACUUGUUCCCAGCUGUGCCGUCCCCAGAGUUGACUCCCCAUCUAGACUGCUGGUCCCUUUUUAAAUUCUUUUUCAGCGCCGUCUUUCCCUUGACUUUGUUUAGCUGCACACCAGGCCUUAGGUUGAAACCAGCCUCCCUCAGUCAGGAGAGCAGUCCCCCAGAAGGUGUUUCGCGCUCUCGGGGCUGACCACGCAGCCCUUCUGACCAGCAGCAUCCCCACGGCUGUGGGAGCAGAGUGUGGAGGUUCACGCUUGCCUUCGGGGGUGUCCCUGCCUGACUCUGGCCGUGGAGCUGCUCGGGAGGCGACUUUACUGGAGUUCAGGAAAGCCCAUGGGGAGCGCGUGCACGCGUGGCUGAGGUUCUUUCAGUCAGUGGCGGCAGGACUCAGUGCCCGCAGUGUCCUCUCAUGCAGCCGCUGGAGAGGUGGGAGCCGGCUGGUGGCUGCGGCAGAAGGGGCAGCGGUGUGGCCGGCGCUCUCGCCCAGUCUGUCGGGGCCUCGGUCUUUCAGCCCAGCUGGGGUCUGGCUGAGGCCGGAAGGUAGUUCCUCCUGCAUGCGCUCUGGCAGCCGCGAGGUUGCAUGAGGUUCAGGGCUUUAGGCGGUUGUUCUAAAAUCAGUGGUUGUACAAACUCGCACAUGUUUGAAACGUGUUUCUGAACCUGUUUUCAAAAGCAAACUGUUGGGUUUUUUGCCAUGCGUGUUAGCAGGGACCUCAGGUCACCGCUGUCUGUAUUUGCCCGGCCCGGCAGAGGGGCGUGAUGGUGCCGUGUCUGCCCAUGUACUGAGCUUAGGAGAGACUGGGCAGUGCCCGGCCUACUCCUCACUCCCCGAGCCAUCCAGCAGCUGGUGGGCAGGGGGCCGUGGGACAGUGUCUUGCCCACCCAUGUCAGGGUUUCUGGUUUCACCAGGGGUUCCCGGUGCAGGCCCCAGGCCCCUGGGGGUUGGGUGGAGCCUCCAGUCAGGGUCUAUCCUGGCAUCACCUGCUCUGCCCAACCAAGGUUGCAAGCUGGAGAGAACCCUGGGACCCCUAGUUCCCAUCCCCUCAUUUUCAGAGGAGGAGAAAAAGGCCUGCAGAGAGAAGAGCUUUAUGACUUAUCCCCCAACUUUGUCUCAAGGCGAUGAUCACCUCUAUGUGUACUCCCGUUUGCUCUUAGGCCUCACGUCGCUCUUGUUGAAUAGGAGCUCUGAGGACGGCUGGGGGUCCCCAGAGGUCAGACCCCAGUGUGGCACCCUCCCACAGAGAGAGGUGUCCCUCCUCGCUUGGACCCCAGGUGGGCCCCAGGGCCGCUCUUCUCCCAUCUAUGCCGGGGCUGUCAUCUGUGUCCUGUGCCCAGAAGGCAGAUGGGGUGCAGAGUUGGUGGACAUGGGGCUUUGCCCAGGUGACUUCAACCUUGCAGACAUAGCCAGUGGACCCUCCUGGGGCCUCUGCAGAGGGGAGGGGGCCGAGCCUGUGGAGUGCUGUGGCCCUUUCCCCUGACCGUCCUGGUUGCCUGGACAUUCCCCCAGGCACUGUCAUGGACGGCAGGUUCUUUGAGGAUGUGUACCCGCCCUGAAUGCAGCCCCAUGGCCCCGGGUGCUGACUGAGCGGGCCCGCCGGUGUGGGGAGGCACGGAUGCCCCUGCUGCUUGGGGUCUGAGCGGAGGUCCCUCCUGUGCUGGGGCCUCCCUGUUCUCGUCAGGCAGGCUGGGCGGUGCGUGCGGGGUGGGAGGGCCUUCGGUCUGUGGGAAUGUGAGCUCCUCGCUCUGUAAACAGCCGUGACUCACCGCACAGCUAUGUGCUGGCGGCUCCAGGCCCUGUGCGCUGACGUGUGCUGGGAUGACACCCAGCCCGUGGAAAAGUUUCUCAGGGCUCUCCCAGCUGCCUGGCUGCUGCCAGCCCUCCAGGUGGUCUAUCUGGCACAGUAGGACCCCUGCACCUGGAGGGAGGAGUGCUGGUUGUGGCCCCCCCAGCAAAGAGGCUGGGGGUCAGGCUGCUGUCAGGAGGCAGCUCCUGGUCCCUGCUGCGGUUCCCCCAUGCUGCUGCAUGUCUGUGUGUCUGUCUCAUGCACAUGUGUUGGGGGGCGCAGGGGAGCUCGGAGCCCCCCGAGGGUGGGCCCCGCCCCGACCCUGCUGCGCUGCUCGCUGUCAUCCAGUGGCAGCUCCAGGGAAAGUGGCCGUGUUGCCUGGGCGAUGGGGGGUCCAGUGGCCUGGGCACUGACACCCUCCGGUAAUGGCAGGCAGGCAAGGUGCUGGAGGCAGGAGCAGUGGGAGUUGUGUCUAGGCCGUGCCACACGCGGGGUCCCAGGGCUGUGGGCGAAAGAAGGCGAGGUGGAGACACCCACCCGAGUCCUGCUCACGCUGGAGAUGGAGGCUUUGUUCCAAUUUCCAAGCCCUUCUGUUCGGGUGACUGUGCCCAGGUUAUGACGACUAAUCCCAAACCAAACAAGGCGUUAAAGGUCAAGAAGGAGGCGGGCGAGAACGCCCCGGUGCUCAGCGAUGACGAGCUGGUGUCCAUGUCCGUGCGGGAGCUGAACCAGCACCUGCGGGGCCUCACCAAGGAGGAGGUGGUGCGCCUGAAGCAGCGGCGGCGCACACUCAAGAACCGGGGCUACGCCGCCAGCUGCCGCAUCAAGCGCGUGACGCAGAAGGAGGAGCUGGAGCGGCAGCGUGUGGAGCUGCAGCAGGAGGUGGAGAAGCUGGCCCGCGAGAACAGCAGCAUGAAGCUGGAGCUCGACGCGCUGCGCUCCAAGUACGAGGCCCUGCAGACCUUCGCCCGCACCGUGGCCCGUGGGCCCGUCACCCCCACCAAGGUGGCCACCACCAGCGUUAUCACCAUCGUCAAGUCUGCCGACAUCUCCUCCACCUCCGUGCCCUUCUCGGCUGCAUCCUAGUGCCCGGCCAGGGGUGGGGGCCUGGGCGGUGCGGCCGGGGCGCUGGGCGGGCGGGGGGGCACCUCCCUCGUGCCCAUCGGAGGGUCCUAUGGGGAGCAGACCCCUUAACACCCGAGUCCAGUAUAGACUCAUGGCGGGGACAAGGUUGCUGGCUGAAGAUGGGGUCUUGUGAGACCGUGUGCUGCACGCCUUCCCACACACACGCACACGCACACGCGCACACGUAUGCACUCGGCCUUCCUCUGGGCCCCGCCAGCUCUCUCCAGACUGUCCUUUCCCGGGGUGGGGGGGGUUGUCUCACGCAAGGGGGCGUCGGGAGGUAUGGAAGGAAGGUCUGCUGGAGGUUCCUGGCCCUGUGGCCCAGACGGUGGGGGCUCUGUCCUCCACGUGUCCCAGGAGUGGCUGCCGCCGUCCUCCAGCUGCCGCAGGAACCCCCUCCCUGCCCUGAGCUCUGGUGCCGCAGGAGGAACCGAUUGUCCGUGGGGACGGAAAGCACCACGAGCCUGCUUUAGCCUUAGCGGAGACUGCACCGCGCAAGGCAGAGGAAGGGAGGGGGGCUGCCUAAGGGGCUACGUGCACGUGUGCUUGGGGACGAGCCUGCCAUUGCACCGGCACCAGCAGCACCAGGCCCUUGGGGGAGCAGCUCAGGGGGCCGGUCACUGGGGGGCCUCUGGGGUCCAUGCACCAGGAGUUGCAGGGGCAUUGGGAACCGUCCCUCUGUCUGAGUGACCCCAGGGAGUACCCUGUCGGGCCAGGGAGGUGGAGCCCUGUGCAGGGAGGGGUGGCAGGGCCUGGAGUGGAUGUGCAGAGGUUCUGUGUGGCGUGGGGUGAGGUGGGCGGGGGCCUCAGGACUGGGUUGUGGCUCUGCUGGAGGGGACGGGCAGGGUCUGAAGAGUGAGGAGGGCGCGGUGACAGGGGAGGUGACAUGGCACGGGGCCUGGACCUGCCUCCUUGGGGCACCUGGGUGGUCUCUUGGUGCAGAGGACAAGGGGACACAGCCACCAUGGUGCUUAACCCUCCCCCGGAACCUUUACUUGCUCUUUCUGGCACCUGGAGCCCCAUGACCUUGGUGAUCCUUGCUGGGGCUUCCCACCCCUGCAAGCCUCGAUUGAUUGGGGCUUCCGGCUCCCACGUGCUGAGCUUGGACUGCCUCUCCCCGGCCUUGCUGGAGAGAGGCUGGGGCUGCGGGGCCUGGGGGUGGGCGGUGAGCGCAAGCUCCCAGCCUCCUCUUGGCCCUGCUAUCCAGCACUGAGGGAGACCCCCAGCAAGCCGCAGGCCCCCCGCCCGGGAAGAGGAGGCUCGGGCAGGGCUGAUGGCCCCAAGGGCUGCAUCCUCCUCUUGCGUCUGCUGUCGCGAGUGACCAGUGAAGGUCUGGGGCCUCCGUCGCAUUGCAUGCGGCCUUCACCUUGUCCUGGGGAGAGGUGAAGGGUCUGGGGUGCGCUGGAUCUUUACAGAGCAAAAGGCCCAGUGUGU